ACAAACCGCCAAAUUGCCAAUUGCCAAUUGCCUUCCAAUCACUCAUUUCCCAAAAUUGAAGCUCAGAUCGACUCGCCAUAGUCUACCAACCACCAUCACCACCACCACCAGACGGUGCACACCCAUGGCUUCUGCAACCCUCGUUCCUCCCUAUUCAUCUCACACUUCACCACCAUUACCGAAAGUUUCUAAGUCGUCUCCCUUUCUUGCUUCUCUCUCUACCUCCCCAAUUUCCUUCUCUAAAAAACCAAUAUUUCGUUCAUUAACAUUGGUUCCUCAACAGGGUUUAGCUUCUUUUUCAACUUGGAACGGCCUCAGGCAAAAUGGGUUUUCUAUCUCCCUAAAAUCUUUGAGAUUUGAAAAGAGAAGGAAACAUGGAGGGAAAGGUGUGUAUGCUUCUUUAUUUGGAGUUGGGGCUCCUGAAGCUUUAGUUAUUGGAGUGGUGGCAUUGUUGGUUUUUGGACCUAAAGGUCUUGCUGAGAUUGCUAAGAAUCUGGGAAAAACAUUGCGGGCAUUUCAACCAACGAUUAGGGAACUUCAGGAAGUUUCAAGGGAAUUCAAGAGCACCCUUGAAAAAGAAAUUGGUCUUGAUGAGCUUCAAAAUACGGCACGAGGUACCACCUCCAACGUACCUACCUUAUCCUCGACCCCUCCAUCUGAAAAUUCUCUGGCGACACCAAAAGAAACAGCUGCUGCUGCCACCGAGGAAGAUUCUCAGGUGACAGGAACACCGAUUGCUGCCAGUGGGCAGGAUGCGCAGGUGUCAGAAACACCUGGGGAGGAUUCUCAGGUGGCAGCAACACCAGUUGCUGCCGAUGGGAAGGAUGCGCAGGUGUCAGAAACACCUGGGGAGGAUUCUCAGGUGGCAGCAACACCAGUUGCUGCCGAUGGGAAGGAUGCGCAGGUGUCAGAAACACCUGGGGAGGAUUCUCAGGUGGCAGCAACACCAGUUGCCGCCACCACAAAUGCUGCCACCACUGGGGAUUCUGAGGCGGUAGCAACGACUCCUGCUGCCACCACAAGUGAUUCUCAGCCUACAAUCAAGUCUAAUUCUGUUGAAGAAGUUGGUGCCGGGAUGCAUCUGGCUCAGAAGUCGGAAGAUGUGAAUUAAGAGCCAGAAAAGAUUUUGAACUUUAGACGUUAGAUGAGAAGAACAAAAACGAUCCUGCAUUUCUAUUUCAGAGAUAUCGGGUGCUGGCCGUCCAUUCAUAUGUUGUGUUUGUAUCUUAAUUAAAAAAGGAUAGGAAGUCAUUUACACGAUUGGUGUAACGUAGCAUAUUAUCGGCAAACAACAUAAGUUUUCAACACGAGUCGGGGCGAUGUUUGUAGGGUCUCAAAUAAAAUCGUUGCAUUCUAAUCACAGGGCUGUCUCUUAAGUUUCAACCUCUUUGGCUA